GGAGUGGGAGUGGGGCGGAGUGAGAGUGUUUUGGGGGUGUGUUGUGCGCUGUAUAAAUACAAGACCCGGGAUGCACACCCACACAAUUGCCUGAACAUACUCGAGGAUCGAUAUAAGAACCUUUGGAAGAACAUCCAUCAUGGCCGUCAUUAUGGAUGUGGAUCCCAGAUGUCACCAGAACAAUUCCGCUCACAACACCAAGGACAUCGAUCGGGAGCGCUUGAUCGUGCGUAGGGGUCAGCCCUUCUCCAUCUUCGUGCAGUGCUCAGACUCUAUGGGCCGUGACCACCGCCUGGCGCUGCUCCUCCACCUCGGUAAGCGAGCGGAGAAGACCAUCAAAGUGGAAAAGGAGAGCAGCGGCGCCAAAGACGGUUGGCGGUUCAGGCAGGAGGCCGCCCACAACGGCGUGCUGCUGACUCUGAACAGUCCAGCGGACGCCAUCGUCGGCCAGUAUCGUUUGGAUGUGAUGUUGGUCAUGUCUGAUGGACGCGUGUUGGAAAAGAACGAGAAGACCAACUUCCACCUGCUCUUCAACCCGUGGUGCAAAGAUGAUGCCGUGUAUCUGAGCGAGGAGAAGCUCCUGCAGGAGUACAUCAUGAAUGAGAAUGGAAUCAUCUACAUGGGCUCAUGGGACUACAUUAGAAGCAUCGCUUGGCAUUACGGACAGUUUGAGGACGAUGUGAUGGACAUCUGUUUUGAAAUCCUGGACAACUCCAACGAUGCCUUGCGAAACCCUGCCAAAGACAUGGAGCACAGACGGGACCCGGUCUACAUCAGCAGGAUCAUCUCAGCCAUGGUGAACUCCAACGGCGACAGGGGCGUGUUGGUCGGCCGCUGGCAUGAGCCGUACUCUGAUGGAGUCCCACCUAACCGAUGGAAGGGCAGCGUUCCCAUCCUCCAAAAGUGGAGCCAAGGCAGGGCCAAGCCGGUCAAAUACGGCCAGUGUUGGGUCUACGCCGCUGUGGCCUGCACAGUCCUGCGCUGCCUGGGAAUCCCAACACGCACCAUCACCAACUUCUCUUCUGCCCACGACACCGAUGGGAAUCUUUCUUUGGACUUGCUGUUUAACGAGCGACUGGAGAGCCUGGGAAAAGCCGACAGCAGCUGGAACUUCCACUGUUGGGUGGAGUCCUGGAUGAGGAGAGAUGACCUCCCCCAGGGAAAUGACGGAUGGCAGGUUUUGGACCCGACACCUCAAGAACUGAGCGACGGCGAGUACUGCUGUGGUCCAUGUCCUGUUACGGCCAUCAAGGAGGGAAAUCUGGCCAUCAAGUUCGAUGCCCCGUUCAUAUUUGCUGAGGUGAACGCUGACAUCAUCCAGUGGAUCGUCCGAAAAGAUGGCCAAAGACAGAAGAUCAGCGUAGACCAGGACAGCGUCGGAAGGAACAUCAGUACCAAAAGUCCUUUCAGCGACCGGAGGGAAGAUGUCACGCUACAGUACAAAUACCCAGAAGGGUCCAAGAAGGAGAGAGAGGUCUACGAGAGGGCGGGACGUCCGGUGAGGGAGACGGUGGAUGAGAGAGCAAAUCCGGGGAAACUCCAGAUGACAAUCAAACCCACAAAGCCUCUGUUUGGAACGGACUUUGACGUUGUUGUUGAGUUGAAGAACACGGGAGGAGCAGAGGCCCACGGCCGUCUGACCCUGCUGGCGUCGGCUGUGACAUACAACUGUAUUCACCGAGGGGAGUUCGAGAGACAAACCAAGAGUGUCAGCGUGCCCGCACACAAAGUUCACAAGGAAGUUCUACGCGUGCGCUACGACAGCUACUCCAAGUGUGUCUCAGACCACCAUUUGAUCAAAGUCAUGGCCCUCCUGGAGGCCCCAGGGGACAACCAACCCAACAUGGUGGUGGCCAAAAUCCCGCUCAUCUUGCCUGAGCUCCUGGUGGAGAUUCAGGGGUCAGCUGCCGUUAACAUGCCGCUAACAGGCUCCAUCUCCUUCACCAACCCUCUCCCGGUGCCACUGAAGGGGGGUGUUUUCACCGUGGACGGGGCCGGCCUUGUGUCCCCAACGACGGUCAGGAUGAACGGUGAAAUAGGUCCGGGCCAGAAGGUGUGCAUCAAGCUCACCUUUACACCCGCACGCAGCGGUGUGAAAAAACUCCUGGUGGACUUCGACUCGGACAGGCUGAAAGACGUGAAGGGAGUCGCGACCGUGUUUGUCGAGAAGGGUCUCCGUUUGUACUGAGCUGGGGUACACGAGACGUACUGCAGUACGUAAAGUGUUUCAAACAAAAACACAAAGUAACAAGCCAAAAAUCUACCACUUCCACACCGUCUGUGAGGAGAACUUUCCACUCUAUCAUGUUAAGGUGAUAUGAUGUGUCAUUGACAGACAUCUUGUGUUUCAAUAUAGCGAUAUUCGAUGCGUGAUCUAGUGAGGGACGACCAAAUUGUGCUUUUGAUUGACAUUCCACUAAAAAGCAUCGCAUUUUUCAUGUAUUCAUUUUUAUGAACAAUAACAUUAAAAAUUAAAUGUGUGCACUCGA